AUUAGUAUUUUAGAUAAUGUGAGAUUUGGGUGUCAUCACCACAAAAUUUAGGAUACUUUUGCACAUUCAUCUUCUGCAGAAGUCAAUCCAAUUACGCCACACCCUUCAAUUGGACAGAACUCAAAAUCCCCCUUUCAUUUAUCUCCAAACAUUACCUCUCUCUCCAGCCUUUUCCUUUAGUCCCAUGCUUCUUCCCUUACCUACAAAACCCUCAGUCGUCGAUCACAGAACAUUUGGAUGGAGAAUCAGAUCCGUGGCGGCGGAGCACGAAAUCGACAUGGUGAGAAACAAGCGAGGAGUUUAUACCGCUAAGCCCAAGGAAGUCGUCGUCCUGUGGGACUUGGAUAACAAGCCGCCGCGGGGUCCUCCGUACCAGGCGGCGGUGGAGCUGAAGAGGAUGGCUCAGAGAUUCGGCAACGUAGCGGACAUGUCUGCCUUCGCAAACCGUCACGCCUUCACCCACCUGCCGCGUUGGGUCAUCGACGAGCGCCGCGAACGGCGCCGGAUGGAUAAUCUCGAGCGCCGAGGAGAUCUGACCCCGCAUCAGCCGUACGUCUGCACCGUGUGUGGCCGGAAAUGUAAGACCAAUUCCGAUCUGAAGAAGCAUUUCAAGCAGCUGCACGAACGGGAGAGGCAGAAGAAGCUGAACCGGAUGGCUUCACUGAAGGGGAAGAAGCGGCAGCGGUACAAGGAAAGGUUUCUGGACGGCAACGACAAGUAUGCCGAGGCAGCAAGGAGAUUGAUAGCCCCAAAACAAGGGUACGGGUUGGGGUCGGAGCUGAAGCGAGCUGGGGUGUUUGUGAGAGUGGUGGCAGAUAAGCAACAGGCAGCGGAUUUGGCCUUGAAGCAACGAAUGCGGCAGCACUCUAUGAGCAGAGGAGGAGUAGAUUGGGUGGUGUUGGUUUCGGACGAUUCUGAUUUUUCUGAGAUGUUGAGACGGGCUCGGGAGGUGAAUUUGGGGACGGUGGUGGUGGGGGAUUUGGAUAGAGCAUUGGGGAGGCAUGCUGAUGUAUGGGUUCCAUGGCUUGCAGUUGAAAAAGGGGAGAUCGGGGAGGACGAUUUAGUACUAGUAAUAGGGAAAGAGAAGAAUCAUGAAAGGCUCUCUGUUGGGGGAUUGAGUGACGAAGUAAUUGCUUUUGAUGGCUUUGCUGAAAAAAGGCAAAUUAAUAGUGACUUGAAUGUUUGGGAAGAAGAGAGUGAUGAAGAUGAAUACUCAAUCUUCGAUUCUGAGGAUGACGAAUCAGACUGGGAUGAUGAUGAUGAUGAUGACGGCGACUUCUUUUCACUAACGCUGUGAGGUUAAAAAUGAAAAAAAAGAGCUAGUAUGUUUAUAUUAUACAACAAAUUUUGAAGAUAUGCAUGCAUCAACUUGUUUGUCUCAAGUGAGUUCAGUUU